CGUUCGGUGCUGAUGUGUGUCCACGUUUGCUCCCGUAACUACGUCGACGACAACGGAUACCGUUCAUUUUUUCUUUCGUUUGCUUUGACUUGAUUCGUAGCAGCAGCAGCUACACGGUAGCCAGCAGAAGAGACACUCAAGUUCCACUCACACCACGAUUGGUGUCAGUGCGCCGCGGAAAUAUGCCUGUGUGCGGGUGUGCGUAUGCGUAGUGUGCAUAUUCUCCUCUGGUUAACUAUUUUCUCGGAUUGUGAUCGAAAGGAAGACGACUUCGCGCAGGGGGAAGUGAAAAUUCGGAGUGUCUAGCGUGUGACUAAGGUGUUGAGAUAAGUGUAAUCGCGAUAUUGAGGAAAAAUCCUGCCACCUUGGAUUGGGUUUUUGGAUAGUUCGUGUUGGUGUGAUCGUUUUUUUAAUUGUCUCAUUCACGGAACAUCACCGUCUCUCAACCAACCGAGCAACAACAACAGCAUCAGCAGUGAGUGAAGUUGAGUGAGUGAAUAACGCAGGAGAUAUCAAAAUGGCUACUAGCGAUGAUGAACAUUACCAUCUCUACGAAGUGUUUCAAAAUUGCUUCAACAAAAUCGCCAACAAGCAGCCUGAAAAGGCAGGCUAUCAGUCUCCAUAUGGCGGCAUGGACAAUGGCGUGUACACGCCAGAGGAAUAUACUCACGAAAGUCCAGUGUCCGGAGGUCCCCCGGGUGGGCCGGGUUCGGCUGCCGGACAAAGGUACACCUCCCCGAAGGCCGGAGGUGCCCUGUACCAGCCGGAAGCAUACUACGACAGCCCCGGAGGUUCCUGGUACCCGUCGGCGUCGCCCAGUGGGCCCUACGGCGGUCAUCCGGGGCCGGGCAGUUCCGCAGGUGGUGGCUACCACAACGUAACUCACGCAUCACAUCUGGCCGGUGCCGGACCACAGCACAGCCAUGACCAGUACGCAAUGUCGCCGGUCGGCGUUGCCCACAUGGAGGGACACCUAAGCCAAAAUCAAACACAAGCACUUCCACCGAUGAGCACGUUCCGUGGAAAUACCAACCAGAUACCGUCGAUCGGUCCCCAAGGCCAAAACUCACCCGCAAUCUACAACGCCCUCGCAGGCCACCACAAUCAGCAUGCACAACAUAGUCCAAUUGUACAAAGUGAUACCCUCGUUGGCAAUGCACUUAAAACGAUGUAUCCCACUGAUCAGAGCAUCAGCAGUUAUGGCUCGAACCCCACAACACCAGUGAACUCACCUCCUCCACUAACAUCACAACAGCAGCAACAGCAGGCCGCCGGUGUCAGUUUACCCGGGUCCUCGCGAGGUUCCGCGGCCACAGACUCCUCGGCGGCUGCAGCAGCGGCGGCGGCAGCAGCAGCAGCAGCGGCAGCCGCCGCAGCCGGUACCCCCUGGCAACAAAUCAACCCUGUGAUCAACCCCAACGGUGGCUCCGUGGCGGCGGGCUCCUCGGCAGCUGCGGUGGCCGCGGCCGCUGCCCUCAACGGGCUACCGAACGGUUCCUACGCGCCCGAGCUGGUGCAUCGAGGCCUACAGCACAUGGCGAACUCGCCCGAGAUCCAACCGCUGGAUGAUGCGAUUGUAUCGUUGCUCCGAGAACAUUCGGAAAAUGGAACGGGCACCCGCAUGGAGGAACGACUGGACGACGCGAUCAACAUCCUGCGGAAUCACUGCGAGCCCCAGGUCGGUGUGUCGCUGUCCUCCCUGGACGGGGCCGGUCCCUACGGUAGCAGUGUGGCGGCAGCGGCAGCAGCAGCAGUGGCCGCAGCAUCCGGCGUAUCGAUCAUUCCACCUCCCGGUGCCGGCGGAAGCAGCAGCAGUGGUCCCGGAAGCGGUGGCCCCAGCAGUUCUCAGCACCUUCACCCAUCGCAGCAGCAGCACCACCCGCAGAACUCGUCAACCAGUGAUCACCUAGCGACGACCGGUUCCGGGAUCGUGCCCGGCGGCGGUCUGGUCCCAGUGAAAACGGAACGUCUCCCUAGCACCCCCGGUGGCGGCAGUACCAAAAAGCGCAAAGAACCCCCAGAUUCGGACACCAAACCAAGCAGCUCUGUACCCGGAUCAGCAAAAGGUGCCAAAAGGCCACGGAAAUAUAAAAAUUCGCGCAGCUGUUCCAGUGCUGACGACGACGACGAUGACGAUGACGAUCUGGACCCGAUGGAGAAGGACCGCAAGGAGAAGGAACGGAGACAGGCCAACAAUGCGCGGGAAAGGAUCCGCAUCCGGGACAUCAACGAAGCGCUCAAGGAGCUGGGACGGAUGUGCAUGUCGCACCUGAAGUCGGACAAACCGCAAACCAAGCUCGGCAUACUGAACAUGGCCGUCGAGGUGAUAAUGACGCUGGAGCAGCAAGUGCGAGAACGCAACCUGAACCCCAAGGCCGCCUGUCUGAAGCGGCGCGAGGAAGAGAAGGCCGAAGACGGACCCAAGCUCCCGCCACACAUACUGCACCAAACACCGUACCCGUCACUACCCUAGGGUCCACCGCCAAAUCUACCGCACAAUCCCGGACCACCACAAUAGCACACUACUAGUAGCAUAAAUAACUCAAUUAUUCGAAGAUAACACAGUGGCGCUGCUAGCGGUGGCACAAAUUUAAAGCUACUGCAACAACAACAACAGCUAUCACUACCACUACAACUGAAAAGAGAAGAACAAGAAGAAGGACAGCGAGACGAUGAAGCGAAGCUGCUGCAGCAACAGCAACAGCAUCAUCAACUACAACUACAGCGACUACACGACAACACAUGUACAUAUUAUUUUAGCAACAACAACAACAACAACAACAGUAGUGUUAGUAGUAACGUUGCAGCAGGGAGGGGGACGACUUGUGAGUGUGUGCCGGGUCCCUCCUCCUCCUCCUCCUCGGUAAUGUCCAAGGCAAUGGCCCUACCCGAGUGGUGGAUGUGGCUGUGAGGAUUGGAUCUAAACAAUGGAAGAAACGAAACAAAGCAACAAACUCUCUUGGUAUGCGAGAUUGAGAGUGUGUGUGAGUCGGAUCAUUUGUUUGGAAGUUUUUCCAUAUCAUAACGUCAGAGUUUUGAAACGAUUAUUUUUGAAGUGUUUGUCAAUACAGUUGCAGGAUAUCCGACGUUUCGACCAGUUUUGAAGGUCUUUUUCAAUGCAAUGCUUCCUGUUAGCAGUUUCAUCCUUGAGAAAGACCACCAAAAUCGAUCGAAACGUCGGUUAAUUUGUCAAAAAGUUGAUAGAUGGGAUCAAUUGAAAAAAAAGCCAAAUAAUUAUCAUUUCCAUCUUACCUCAGAUUUCAAAAUUUUAACUGAAAGAGAAGUACAGUUUUUCAAGAAAAAUAAAAACGACAAGCUCAAACAGCGCCAAACUUGUCCAUUGCACUUUUUUACACAUAUUUAUUCAAGCACAAAAACGCUACGAAAACUUGAACUUAUUUAUUGCAGUGAGGUUAACUGCUCUGAAUGAUUUCGACUGUUUCGAACGGUAUUUAAUUUAUUUAUAAUUUAUAACAUGGUACACACCCUCCUUAAAUAGAUACCUUAAUACAUUCGCCAAAAAUUCGAAAGGCUAUGAUUUCAAUAAAUUAUUUCUGUUGUGCCAUGUGUUGGUUUUUGUUUCGAGCUUGCUCCUGUGGAUUUGAAAUUUCAAAACUCUUGUACAAAAUUCAAUAAUAUUACGGUAGAAUUUAUAAAAAAAAAGAUACUAGUUGUCACUUUUUCGAAAAAAAAAUUACGACUGGCUUCCUUCAGAUUGUACUGUGAUAUUAUUAAAAAAAAUUUCUUUGUAGACAUGUUCUCACUUUCUUGCUAAUGCUUCAAAAGAAGACUUCAUUUUCCUUUGAGAGGGUUUCGGGAAGUUUUUUGGGAAGUAUAACAGAUUUAAUCUAUCAAUCGAAGGUGGCUAUGAAUCUACGUUUAAAAUAAAAAAAAUGUUUAAUUUUUUAAUUUUUUUUUUCUGUAAAAGUGUACUUUCUUCAAUAGUUAAAAAUCUAGCUUUAGUUUUAUAUUUUUAAAUAAAAUUAAAAUGAACCACAGUUCAAAUUUAAUUUGAAAUCAGAUUUCAUAUUCCAUGUUUAAACAAAAUUUCCAACGUUUCGAUUAAAAUUGGUUAUAUUUUCAAGGUUUUGUAAACCUAAUAACGAGCCUUCUUCAACAUUGACAAACAAAAACGGUAUUGAAACAUCAAGAAAUAAAUCUAACAAAUGUUCGAGAGCGGAAUGAAAAAGAGAGAAUGCACAAAUGUGGAGCGAGCGAGAGAAAACCAAAAUUUGGCACAGUGAAAUAAAAAACAAAUCACUACAAAAGUGUGGCACAAUUCAAAACUUUUGGGAAAAAACAGAAACCAAAAUUCACAACACAUAAACACACACAGACACAGAUGGGAAGUGUCUUUUCCAUUUGCGAUGACAGAUGUAGGGUUAAAGAAUUUCGUUUAAUUUAGAUUAAAUAUUUUAUAUUAAAAAAAUAAAGGAAAACGAAAGAAGGAAACAAAAUGGUAGCUAGAGUAUUAAAGCAUCACAACUAUAUGUAAAUUAUAGAAAAAACAAAAAAGAUUUCCACAAACAAACAAACGAAAAAGCGAACACUGGGAUUUUCAUUUCCAUUGCAAGUGGAAAAGAUAGUUUUCGUUUGGAAGGUUGCUUGGAUUCCGACAAACCUAAACCGAGAAAAUUUACUUAAUGUUUUAUUUUUUUUUUAACUUUAGUUUUUAAGUAGUUGACACAGGACGACAUAAAAUUUAUUACAAUACAGACCAUUGCAAAAGAGGAAAAAAAAAAUAGCGGAAAAAACGCAGCAGCAGCAAACGAAACUUAUAGCAAAAAUUUUAUCAUUAGUUAUUAUUAAUUUUAUUUUAUUUUCAUUUUAAAAGCAUCUAUUGAUACAUGUAUUUUAUAUUGAUAGUUUUAUUAUUAUUUUUCAAUGGAAAAAAAGAGACGGCAUAUUCUUAAAAAAAAAUAAAGAAGAGAAAAAUACAAAAAAUGAAUCAACAAACGUGCUAAACUUUUAUUGUAGAAAAUACAGUCGAUCGAAGUGGAUCGAAUUUCACCACGUCAUCGCGUCACCUGGACAUUUCCGCGCAAUAAUAGUGCAAAAUUUCGGCAGAAAAGAAAGAGACGAAAGGCAAGACAAACUUAAAGGAAGCGAAAAAAAAAAGUUCAAGCGCAAGAAAAAUAUAUUAUUGAUUGUAUAAAUAAAGUCGAGCAACUUGAACAUUGAACACUCGGUGAAAGUGAAACUAUAGACCUUAGUUCUCUUUCCGACAAGAAACGUUUAUUUUCAUUUACUUAAUUUUACUAAGCUCUCCAAACUUGAACCGAAAGAGAAGAAAAAUUCCGUUCGGAAAGUGAUCGGCAGGAGACUUUAAGCGAGAAAGCAAAACAAAGUAUUUUAUGUGGAAAAAAAAUCCUAUUUUAUAACAGUUUUAUAUUUGAAUGAGAGGAAGAAAAAAAAGCAACACAAAAACACAACUGAGAGCGCAUGAAUGUUGAUGUAGGGUAAAUAUUUCUGAGAUAGGAAUUGUUUUUUUUUUUCAAAUUCUUGAUUGGUUGGAAAAAUCCAAACUAGAAGAAGGGAAAAGAAAGUGAAAUUCUGUGCACAUAAUCGACGUGUUCUAAUAAAUCCAUCCGCGCAUACCCUUGUGAGCGAGAGAACGAGAGAGAAUAUAAACGAAAGAGAGCGAGCGAGCGAGAGAAAGCGGUAGCGAGCAAUCAAAACCAGAGGCACAUUAUUUUUAAUGGCAAUUAUUGGAAGGAAAAAAAAGAUUUCUGACAGCACUGGCGGGCGUUUAAUUUCGUAUUGUUUUAUAUUAGUUUUCCCUUUACCUUGACUUCGAUCAAAAUCAGGACAAAUUUAUGCUCGCAGAGACUUAUGAAGAGUUGAAGAUUUAAAUUUGUUUUGAGCUUAUCGUUGUUGAACUGUUAGCUAUGUUUUUAACUGAGUAACAGAAACAGAAACGGCCAUUUUAAAUCAACUAGUGUUAAAAACGGAAGAAAAAAAACAUCACAACGUGAACGAACGUAGCUACUCAAUGUGAAAUCAAAACAAGCACAGCAUAAAUUUGUGCAAAAGAAAAAACCAAACAGAACGAAAACAGACACAAAACACUAAAUAGAUCAGUAUCAAAAACAAACAAACUUUAGCCAGUAAGCAACUAUUUCAAGAAUUCACUCAAAACUCUUUUGAAAAUCAAUGAAACAAGAAAAUCAAAACAUACAGAAAAGGUGAAGUUAAUGCUCCUUCUAUAUACAUAUAUACAUAAGAAGGAACGGCAAAGGAAACCCAAGUGAAGAAUCGAUGAACAAACAAAAAAAAACUAUUGAAAUCUAAAUCAAGACAGAGAAGCAAAACCUACAGAAAAGUAUUUAUCACAACCCCCCAACAAUCAACAAAUAAACCAAUCAAACGUUUCUGUGUAUAAAUAAGAAAAGCAAAAUCUAAUAAAAGAGAAAGUGAAACAGAUAAAAAAAAUCCCCAGAAAGUUAGUAUAAAACGAUUGAUAAUUGAAAAUGACUCACCCGGGCAGCACUGAUGAUAUAGUUCAGUGCUGCCGAUCCACCAGUGUAUAGGUAAAUACAGAAAAAAAACAAAAAGCUAAGAUAAAAACGAACGGACGACGACUAAAGCAAGAUCAACUUAGCGAGAGAGUGGAUAAAAACGGAAAAUCAGCAAAAAGCAAAACAAAAUCACAGUGUAUAUUAUGUUAUGAAAAUAAAUGUGCCAUUUUUCCAUAAUAAUCGAA